UAAUAUAUUUUCUAAUGCCUCUGGAAUUCUAAUGUCUUAUGGAAGCGGUAUGGGCUCCGACAACCGGUUCUCCGACUCGCCUUCGCCUCCACCGCCUCUGAGGCCGAAACACCGCCACCACUCCUCGUUCUGCCUCUCCGCGUGCUUCGGUGCCGUCGGCGACGGUGGGGCACCGGACUCUCCCAGUGGCGUCGGCGAGCGGCAGGAGGCGUCGCUGCUCCGCUCCCCCACCACGUGGCUCCGCUUAAAGACUCACGAGCUGCCGGAGCUCCGGGGGAAGUACCGCGCCCUCAUCUCCUCCCACGCCACCGGAAAGCACCACCGCCGCCACCACUCGUCGGACUUCAGCUACGACCCACUCAGCUACGCCCUCAAUUUCGACGAGGGGUCGGAGAGCGAGUGCACUGCCAAUGCCGAGGACCUCCGGUACCGGUGCUUCUCGUCCCGUCUCCCGGCGUCGCCCCCUCGGACAGUCGGGGUCCCUUUCGAUAAGGCCAGGGAGGGCAAGGGGAUCAAGGGGAUUAAGGGGAGGGAGGCUCCGCUGUGACUCCCUACCAUUGUCAUCCCGAAUUCUCCGGGUUUUUCGACCUCAUUUGGUCGGCAAUCUUGGAUUUCCUUGUCGUAACAACUGGAUAAAAAAUUAGGGUUUCUACAUUUUCUAGGCUUCUAAUUUGUCCGUUUUAAUAAAAAAUGUUGCUCCUUUCUGUGCAAUUGAUUUUUCUUUUUCAAUGGAAUUUGGUGCAAUUGAUAUUA